CGAAACGAAGAAUUAGAAACCAUGGCAGCUUUAUUAGAAGCGACAUGGCGGAAAAAUCUGAAGAAGUCGAAGGAGAACUGGACUUCGAGUCUCCCAACUUUAAUGCACUCCUUGCUUUACGCUUGGGAAAUGUUACAGUUCCAUAUCCUAAUAUAAAGACACUGAAUAACUUGGCCGAGUACCGUUCACUUGUCACUCGGACAUCAGCGGUGAAGAAACAUGUUGCGUCGACGAGCGCCGACGGCUGCGAAUCUGGUCAACCGAUUCCUGCGAACGACCCGGACCCGGCACCCGAAGAACCCGCGGAUAAACAGCAAUCGAGACAUAAAAGAAAUCUCUUCACUCGCAUGGAAACUCAUGAUCAAGUUGGCCCCUUAUCUUUACUAAGACGGUGUGUAUAUGAGAAACAUCGAGUAAAAGUCUGGACGAGAAGUGCUGGUUAUAUUCGUGGAUUCUGUCAAGGGUUUAUUGUGGCCUAUGAUAAACACUUGAAUAUGGCGAUGAUAGAUGUCGAUGAAACCUACCGCAAACCUAUUUUUCCUACAAAACGAAAAAGAGAUAUCAAGGUUUUCCCAAUUGUUCCUUCAACAAGCCCAGGUAACUCAGAUGAUGAAAACAGUGACAAUGAGUACAAUUACCUUGAAGACGAAGAAGACUCAAGUGAGGAACUUAAUGUCAGAACAUCCAGUGAACUGACCAAACGGAGACACGAUGAACGUCGUGAGAAGACUGCCUCGACUAAAUGUCAUAAGCAAGAUGUGACUGUUGCAUUACCAGGCUCCAAACUCCCUGUUGUGUGUUUGUCAUCAAGAAUCGAACCAUGUUUAGUAUAUAACAGACUAAAGACCAAAGUUUGUCAGCGCCAUGUGAACCAGUUAUUUAUUCGAGGUGAAAGUAUUGUGUCUGUAGCAAUUGCAAACUGACUUCUACUUUAGAUUUAUUUACAAAAUCAUUGUUGCAUUAAAAAAACAAAAUCAAAUGUAAAA